AUGCGUCUCAGCUUCAUCUCUGUACAUUCGGUGUCUUAUUGUCUUCGUUUUUUUUUUGCCUGCUUCAGUGGAUCGUUGACGCGCCCUGACCUCAUAGUUGACUGCUUUCCCGCCAGAUCUCAUAUCCCCUGCGGAGAUCUGAAACGGCUUGAUGAUUGCUGCAGUUCUGCGACUGGGCCGUCCAAAACCGUUUGGAUGCACCCUCUAAAUCCCUUCCUCCGUGCCUUCUUCCGGAGCACUGUUCCGGGCCAGUGUGUACCGGUAGAGAACCAUGUCCUCCUAGUCCCCACGACGGACUCCCUCAUCAGCUCGCGCGAACGGGAGUCCAAUCUGCUAUAUUCUGAUCUGGUCGCGUCGGAAGAAUUCCUCGGCAGCCAUGUACUGCGCGUCCCGAUUCAUACCGGCUCAUCGAAUUCGAAAGAGGAGAACAAUGUCCGAGAUAAUCGGGGGAAGGCGAAGCAAGUGACAACCUUCAACGGAAGGACCGUGAUAAUUAAGGAAAACUCAGUGUACAGCAACAAAGGAUUCAAGUCCCUCACGCAAGCCCAAUUAUUAUCCGACGCGCUUUACUACCCCUCUUCGAACGAGUCAAGGCCAUGGCUCAUAUAUUACAUCUCUCGCCCGUUGAUCGGAACCUAUGACCCCGCGAGAGUCAUACCCGCCGUGGUCCCUGGGGUCGAGUUCAGCGCACCCAAGCCGACGAACACCGACAAGAGCUAUCGAAAUGGAACUUCGAUCGGUACCCCGCCCAAGCAAGAGAUCAAAACAUUUGGAGAAUUGCUCGCAAAUUUCCCCAUGAUCGCCAGGCAGAUGCAACCGGGGUUGGAAAGGUUGUUCCGCGAGUUUGGAAAGGAACUGGGAAAGCCCUUGCCCCCGCCCCCUUCACGAUCGCCAUCUGCAUCUGGCAGCGAUCGCAUCCAUAAUCUUUCUCGAACGGAGUCCUGGACAGACGAUACUUCUUCCAUUCGCAGCUGGUCCUCACGAAGCAGAGGGCGACUCCCCUUUAACUCGGAGGAGUACUUCGAGGACGACGAGGACCUAAUGCGCCGAAGCCUGGAGACUGCUGUGACUGCCGCGAUUGAUCUCUUCCGCCUUGUAGACAAGCAGCAACUUUCGUUACUCGGUGCUACCACAGAUCUCACCGGUCCUUUGGUGGAGCGGUUGAUAGAACGCUAUGUCGCCGAGCAAGUCCAUGAACCACUACUGUUCCCUCGCCUGUGUUCUUUCCGCCAACCCGAAGAUACAGAGCUGGAUUCCCGUAUCCGACAAAUGGAAAGCAUUGAUGUCUCUCAAGUUGGAAUCUCCGUUGAGGGUGGACGUGCUGGGAAACGAGAGUUGAUCCGCCGACUCGGGCGGGGUGUGGAGGAGUUCAGAAAGAUCAGCGAGGCUCGAUGCCCUCAUGAUAUGCUGAAUACUCUUCUCGCAACAGUGAAGGUCGUGUCAUACCCUGGGAGUUAUGAUCAGGUGGAUGGUCCGGCCUCCGAGAAAGGCACUUCAUCUGUCACGAUUAAUGCAGAUGUCCUGGUGUCCUUGCUGCUGGUUGUGGUGAUUAGGUCUCAAACCAGGCAUCUCCAAGCUCGACUACUAUACAUGCAACACUUCAUUUACAUCGACGACGUUGACAGUGGCGAGAUGGGCUAUGCCCUAAGUACCUUUGAGGCCGUCUUGAUGUACCUUGUCACGGAUUCAGCUGGGCUUCGACGCGCAAGUGUUCGAAACAGACGCCUGUGGCAAGCCACAAAAGCAGGCAGGAUAUCGGACAUGAAGUCGAUAUUGGAACCAAAUGAAGACCACGAAUCGAUAGAUGAUAUAACCCCACCAGAGCCAGAGCGAAAGUCUGUCUUUUUCCAAACAGACGAAGUUGAUGAAUCGGAUGAUCUCCCACUUGAAAACUCCUUCACCAGCAGCACCAAUGGCCAGCUACUGCCAGAGGAAGCAGUUGUCGACGCACCGCCGCUUUCGCAUGUUUUUCCAUUUCAGAAUUGGAAUGAGAGCUCGCUUCACGAGUCUCACCGUCCGGUCAAAAAAGUCUCGAUGGAUGUUCGGAGUUUGUCUGAAUCGUCGGCGAUAUCAUUCAUUUCCCGAACCACAACGCUGAACUCUAUGGCCAGUGGAAUCGAAGGCGAUAGCUCAAUGGAGACCUUGACUAAAACCCAAGACCCUGCUGGUCAUUCAAUACCGAUGAUGGCGGUUGAGGGACGACAGCCGGAAGCUUUGAAAUAUUUGUUGACCUUAGAAGAAUAUUUCCCAUUGGAUGAGAUCUUGCAAGAUACCAAUGCCGAUGGGACAACCUUGCUGAACGCUGCUGUGCAGCUCGCCCACAGCGAGAUAGUCAACGUCAUCUUGGACUUUUUGUUUGCGAAAACAGAUUCCAACGUCAUUGCUUUCUACUUGACCAAGUCUGAUGUCCACGGCCGCACUGUUGCCCACUAUAUCUUCAGUACACCAUCUCUACUAGCUAGGCUUGGGGAGCUCAUUCCAUGGAAACAACGAGACAAGCACGGUCAAACGCCAUUAUUUGCGCUGUGUCGAUCAUACGACCAUCCUGAAUACAAGCCGAUGGUGCAAGCGGCCUUGACAGCAGCACAGCGCGCGCAAGGCGAUGGUAAACCGCUUCAAAUCGAUGACCAUGUCGACGCCAAAGGAAACACACUCCUGCACAUUGUGGGUGAUCCAGAAAUCACCCGACGAAUUCUUCAAGACAGUGACAGUGAUCCGAAUGCAACAAACGACAAGAGAUUCACUCCAUUGAUGAUGGCCAGUAAGUAUGGGCGAGUCGACCAGGUUCGCAUCCUGUUCCUGGACCCUCGAGUCGAUGUCCACGUGAAAGAAGCUCGUGGACUGACGGCCGUGGAGUUGGCCAAGGACGACGAGGUGCGAAACCGAAUCGAUGAUUUGAUACUGCUAUCUCACCCCCCAUCGGCCUGUGGAGAUCCAUCUGGUCGUGUCACAACAGUUGUGCGGUCAUUCUUCGUCGAGGAUGCAACAGUACGAUUUAUCCUCAAAUCUGGCGCACCCUACCCUCCAUCAAAAUCCAUGGAAUCAUCACGGCCCGGAUCAACGACAUAUACCGUCACAACUUGCCGGCGCAACUUCUCUGACUUCGAACACUUAGCCAAGUGUCUCGCCGUGGAACAUCCGGCAUCGUACAUGCCGUCUCUCUCGGAUUUCCGCAACCCCUUCCAGAUCCACUCCAAGCCCUCGCGAUCUGUGCUCCAUGAUCUUCAGGAGAGACUUGAUCGUUUCCUCAAGACGCUCCUCACUCACCCAACUUUUGCAACUCACGAAAUGCUCUGGGAAUUUUUCCUUGUUCCCGAGCUACAGCCAGAAUUAAUGGCCGACCGAUCCCACCGGAAGGCAGCCGUUCUUUCAGAGACAAUCUCGGACGAAUUUGCACCAGUCUCCAUCGAGGGGAUGCGUGAUACAGAGCAAUUCGUGACCCACGCCCAGGAAAUGGUGCGUGGAGUGCAUGUCAACACCCGCAGUCUCAUCCGCAGAGGACACGCUCUCCAGAAUGGAACAUCCGACCUCGCCGACGCGGUGAUGAUUUGCUCCUCUGUACUAUCAACCCUCCGGAAACCAACCAAUGCACUUCCAACUUCACACAUUGAGGCCUUUGCCCGUUACGCAACUUACCUUUCUACCUCUCGCUCCGAUUCCUCUCCUCUUCUCCAGUACCUCGCUGCUCUUUCCUCCAUCGAUAGCACCACUUCUGCAGUGCUUGAAGCUCUCUCCCGCCCACUUUCCAUCAUGUCCUCCCUCUCUUCAACAAACCGCCAUAUCUCACGCUCCCGAUCAGCUCUCCUCUCUGCCUCCCUCCCCCGUAAAUUCAACAUCAAUCUCCCAGGCUUCGAAGAAUCUCGACAGAGAUCCGUCCGCGAUCUCGAACAAAAAAUCCGCGACGGGGAAGCCGAAUCCGCCCGCCUGGCAAAAGAGGUCACCUGGAACAAGGACGUUGUCGUCAGCGAUCUCGCUGGCUGGACCUCUUGGCGGGAAAAGGUCGGCCGCGACGCCAUUCGGGCGUUUGUCAAGGACACUCUCGUUCGUGAAAAGGAGCGCGGGAAGCGACUUGAGCGUUGUCUACGCAGUGUGCGUGAUAUGAAUUCAUGA